ACAUUAUACUUAUGUAGUAACAAAUAUGGUGUUCUUUACGCAUGUUUGGAUAAUAUUAUUAUUUAGUUUAGCCUUUGUUUAUGGGGAUCCUGUAAGAACCCAGACAGGUGGACGUGUGAAAACUAUCGGAAGGGAGACUGGUGGACGUGUGGAAACUAUCGGAAGGGACAUUUUCAACUCCUUUGAUGACGUCACUGACUUUGUUCGAACAUGGUUUGCCAAAAUCCACUCGCGAGUACAACACAUACUCAACAAUGAUAAUGAAAGAGAGAACCAUGUACGCGAGAGAAGAAUUUUGACGAAGAGAGAAAUUAAACCACCUCCAAACUUUGAACUUGUAGAACGGGACUACCUCAUGUUUCUGUCAAACCAGUAUCUUGAUCAGCUGUUUGACUAUGCAAAAUAUAUUAACCAUAGUAACGAGACAAGGGCUACCUUAGAUAGAGUCCUUAGUGAUGAAAUAGCAAGGCUUAAAAGAAUGACAACUGAAGAACUCAAAGUUUACUGUGCAAAAUUACAAGCAGCAAUGGCCCAUGGAAUCAAUCUGAACCAUGAAAUAACGGUGAAUGGACAAACUUACUCUUUAGAGAGUAUUGCACAAGUUUGCUGCCCAUGGGGAUAAUUGCGAUGGAAGUUCAAUACAAUAACGCUUAUAAUGAUUUUAUAUUAUUAUGGACUUUAUGUUUUACAUGAUAUAUGAUAUAUUGUCUUACAUGUAACAUAUACUUUAGGUUCUGAGAAUACAUUAGAAAACGAAAUAGCAAAAAGCCUAACUUCCAGGGGCGGUUCAAAGGGACCCGAGUGAGCCCGGCUUCUAAGGAUUGCAAUUUGUGUUUUAGUACGAUUUUAUGUUUUACUGCCGCCCCUUUUAUUUUCGGUGUGCCCAUAUGGAUCCUCCACUUUUGUCUUUCAAUGCAAAUUUAAUAACGAAAAUGGUAAUUGUUUAUAAAUCCCGUCAAUUUAGAUAUGAUCCACCUAAACUCAUUGGACAUUUGAAUAAACUUAUUGUUAAAGGUUAUGAAUUUAAUGCCCCAUAUAUUUGAAUAUGGUUUUAUCGGUACUAACAUUGAUUUUGUAUUUGAUGAAUUAUAACAUAACUGAAUA